GGAGCGGGCGCGCGUCGCGAGGCGGAUCCCGGCUCCGGGGAGUUGCGGCCGGGACAUGGCGGCGGCCGCUCGGCGGCCGCGGCGAAGUCCCUGGGCCCUCCUGUGCCUGGCUGCGGCCGCUCUGCUUUGCCCCGCGGCGGGCGAAUUAGAGUGCUACUGCCAGCUAUGUACAAAAGACAACUUUACGUGUGUGACAGAUGGAGUAUGUUUUGCCUCAGUAACACGAACUGCAGACAAAAUAAUGCGCAAUAGUAUGUGUAUAGCAGAAAUUGAUCUGAUUCCCCAAGACAGACCGUUUAUUUGCUCCCCCUCCACCAGAGAUGGAGUCCAUACUGUGUCUUAUUGCUGUAACACACCUCUCUGCAAUAAAAUAGAACUUCCAAUUCCAACACCAGUCCCUACUCCUGGAAAACCAGCUUCUAACCUAGGACCUGUGGAACUGGCUGCUGUCAUUGCUGGGCCUGUCUGCUUUGUCUGCAUUUCACUGAUGUUGAUUCUGUACCUUUGUCAUAAUCGUACUGUAAUUCAUCAUCGUGUGCCAAGCGAAGAAGACCCUUCAUUGGAUCGUCCCUUUAUAUCAGAAGGAACCACUUUAAAGGAUUUAAUUUAUGAUAUGACAACUUCAGGUUCUGGGUCAGGUUUACCUUUACUUGUGCAAAGAACAAUUGCAAGAACUAUAGUACUUCAAGAGAGCAUUGGUAAGGGUCGCUUUGGAGAAGUCUGGCGGGGGAAGUGGAGAGGAGAAGAAGUUGCUGUGAAGAUCUUCUCUUCAAGAGAGGAACGGUCAUGGUUUCGAGAAGCAGAAAUCUAUCAGACAGUUAUGCUACGCCAUGAAAACAUUCUUGGAUUUAUAGCUGCAGACAACAAAGACAAUGGUACUUGGACUCAGCUGUGGCUAGUGUCAGACUAUCAUGAGCAUGGAUCACUCUUUGAUUACCUGAACAGGUAUACAGUAACAGUGGAAGGAAUGAUAAAGUUAGCUUUGUCCACUGCCAGCGGUCUUGCUCAUCUGCACAUGGAAAUUGUUGGCACACAAGGCAAACCAGCGAUUGCCCACAGAGAUUUAAAAUCAAAAAACAUAUUGGUGAAAAAGAAUGGAACGUGCUGCAUUGCAGACCUGGGACUGGCGGUUAGGCACGAUUCAGCUACAGACACAAUUGACAUUGCCCCAAAUCACAGAGUGGGAACAAAAAGGUACAUGGCUCCUGAAGUUCUAGAUGAUUCCAUAAAUAUGAAACAUUUUGAGUCAUUCAAACGAGCAGACAUCUAUGCAAUGGGAUUAGUAUUUUGGGAAAUAGCUCGGCGGUGUUCAAUUGGUGGAAUCCAUGAAGAUUAUCAGUUGCCAUACUAUGACCUCGUUCCUUCAGACCCUUCUGUUGAAGAAAUGAGGAAAGUUGUGUGUGAACAGAAGUUAAGGCCCAAUAUUCCAAACAGAUGGCAGAGCUGUGAGGCAUUACGAGUGAUGGCAAAAAUUAUGCGGGAAUGCUGGUAUGCCAACGGAGCCGCUCGGCUGACAGCUUUGCGCAUUAAGAAAACAUUAUCACAACUUAGCCAACAGGAGGGGAUCAAGAUGUAAUCCUGGAUUUGUUAUUGAAGAACACUGUAAAAAUCCCUAUCUGCACCAGAGUGGCGUGUUAAGAAGGUUAAUUGUUCUACCUCACUGGGGGAACAGAAGGAUAUUGCUGCCUUUUAGUACUUCAUAGGAACGUCACUUAUUAGGAUUUUUGUGGAUGUGCUAAACAGUUGUGUUGGGUCUUUCUGUGCACUAUGAACCUCUUUCCCAGGUUACUUACUAAACAUCAUGUACUCUAGUUUCGUUAAUCUGUAAUUUUUUAUUUGGGAAGCUGAUAGCUGGUCUUUGCUAGUUAACUGUGCUUAAAAGUAGGAGGUCACUUCUAAAAUGAAACUGGUUCACUAUAUUGUUCUACAGUGCAUUGAUGGUUCUUAAAGCAACUUUAUUCCUGCCUGGUACAUUGACUACUCUGAACCACUGUCUCAAUUCCUUGAUUCAGAUUGUGAAUGUACUACUGGAGUAUACUUGCUAGCUAUUAAGGCAGUGCAUCUUUUGGACUCUUACCUUGACUUACAAAUUGACCUCAUUCAGUUGUGGGAAUAUAACUUAUGCAACUAUACUUUAUACAUGAUUACUGGGUGUUUUUCCACUUUUUCAGAACAUUACAUUGCCUUCAAAAUAGAUUGUAUUACACCAGUAAGUGCCACUUUUGAGUCUUUUAAUGCAAAAAUAGUAGGGAUGUACAAAGCCUAUGGUACUUUUGGUUUCAAAAAUACAAGUUAAAAGUUCUUCCUUUGCCUAGCUAAGAUCUAAAUCUCACUCCUUGCAACAGUGAGUACAUAAUUGAUAGAAUAUCUUCAAUUUUACCGAAAUCUGACUCUUGAAACCACUGUAGGAGUUUUAAAUAAUGUAAGCUAGUAAAUUUGCUGUCAUAUUUUGUAAUUGUCAAGUUAUGAGUCAUAAUUAUGUAGAAGAUUUUUUUUUAUCAAGUGGUACUUCCAAAAUGCUUGAAGUACCUAUCUACUUCAGAAAAGUAGCAAGAAAAGUAAAAUGUUGAGAUUUUGCUUCAUUAAAUAAGUAUGAAAAGCAUAUUUUUGUGCAGUUCUGCUGAGCCUUAAGACUCAAAGAACAAUAUUUGCAAUUACACAAGGAUUAAAUGCACCUGUCAUUAGAGAAAAGUUAUUUGGGCUUUUGUACUAGACAGUUCAAAGCUGCUUAUAAAUUUUAUGUGCAUGUAUGUUGUGUGUGCCUCAUACACAAAGUGGUGAGCUAGAGAAGGUGGUGACCUGCAGGUCUUUGGAUACAAAUAUCAGGGGAUUCCAGCAAUCCUUUUCAUUUUAGAAGAACAAAGCUUAUGGUGACUUGUGUUGUCAUAAGAACACAGAAGAAUAUGCAUGGCUUUAGUCAAGAUUUCCCUGAGUUUUUAAAAGUAUCAUAAUAUUUUGAUAAAUUUGUUUAGAAAUCAAAUUGCUUCCUGCCCAAAUGUACAGCAAAAACCUGCUGUUACCAUGAUAGUUUUUUCAUUGCAAUUUUAGGAAGAGUCUGGUUGACCUGUGGUUUCAUUGAUGUCCAAAACAGUAUUUCAGUAUGUCAAUAUACCUGGUAAUUAAUAUGCUGCCUACCCUGCCACUCUUCAGAACACAUCAGUACCCAUCCCAUUACGCAACACUUUACCUUGGCUUCCUUUUCAUCCCUCGGCAUAGAGCCCACUUUUGUUACCAAGAUGGUAGCAGUGGCAGGGUGGUUGCUGGCAGAGCACAAUCAAGGUUCUGUGCCAUGGUCUGUGAUGUGUGGCAGCUAAAGCAGGAAGAGGAGUGAGGCCCAGGAAGAGGAGGCUACAUAGGUGACACAAGCCUUAUCCAACAAAAGCCUUAACACAUAAUUUAUUUCCAUAUUCUUGCUUUUCCAUAUUUCCAUAAUUUCCAUAUUUCCAUACGCUUGCUUGCAGAUAAAUGAUGUCAGAAUUACAGGUCCUCUGAGGUCAAACUGCAAAUAACUAAAUGCUUUUGUCAACAACAAAAUGGAUGAGUUUAUUCAUACUGGAAGACAGUAUCCAGGAGAAAAGGGAAAAAUAAGAGAAGUUCUUAGAAAAUAAUUAGGCUUAAACAUAUGUACAGCUGUCAUGCUUGUGUUUGUUUGGUGUUAUCUGACAAGUCAGGUUUAUGUCCUUCAGGCCUCUGUCAGUCAAAGCUGGAUUAAAAAUUACCUCAUGUAGGUAUUUUAAAUAAACUCUGCCUUUGUGCAUGUGGACAGUUGUACACCACAGUUUUUCAAUUGACUGUUCAAAAAAAAUGUUUGACUGUAACGUGACUCCCAAGCCUAUCUACUUGGCAGCCUUUCUAGCAAGUUCUAUAUAUCCAUACAGAUACUUGAAGAAAACAGGUCAUCAUGAAAAUAGGUCAGGCUCUCCGUGCAUAUUUCAAAGACUUCCUAGUUUGCAAUUUAACAAUUUUUAUUUUGUAACUUUGUUACAUUUCAAUUUUUUAAGUGUCCUAGGGUCCUUACCAUAGAUACAAAUGGUACAGCUCCUACUUCAGAAAUACCAGGAUACUGGAUUGCUUCAGGUAUCUGUAGUAAUUUUGGUGGUAACAAGAGAGCUUGCAGUAUAAUUCAUCAAAUAAUUUUUAGUGGCUUUUUUAGCACCCACAAAACCUUAUCAGCAGAACAUUUAAUUUCCUAAGAUAUACCAAACAGCUCUGUUGCAUUUUAAAGAGGAUAUACAGCAGCUGAACCGCAUCAUGGCACACAGAUGAUGCUUUGUUCUCCUGACUUGCUAGCAACUGUUCUUGCUUUGUUCAAAAUAUAGCUUUGUAGUAGAAGCUUGCAAAAACAAAGCACAGAAGGAUGCUUGACACACUGUAUGACAUAAGGAACAGUAUUUUAGAACAACUUCAUCAUUCCUGCUAGGCUGCAGAACAGGAAAAUUCUGAAUAGAGCUAUAUGUAUCCUCAGUUCUGACACCAUGACUUAAAGCUUUGUUCUUCUUUUCCAUUAUAUGAACUGAACACCUUUUACAAAGGCUGUGUCUGUAUAUAUUAUGUAACUUUAAAUGUUACCUGUGUAAGAUCAUAUCUUAUAUAUAUGGACACAGGUACACAUAAGUAUUUUUUAAAUUAAGAUUGUAAUAUCACCAGAUCUGCUCUUGGAAAUCCAGGGGGACCAAAAUAUUUUAGCAUUCAAAAUAUUAAUUUUGUAUCAUUUCAAGUAUAUACCAAAACAGUUUCUGAUUAUUACUGAUGCAAAUGUUUAUUGUAAAUAUUACAUACGUUAUACAUUCACCUAAGUUUUGUGGAUUUAAUCAACUUUAUAUUUUAGUAGCAUUGAAGCCUCAGUUUGGUUUACAGACUUGUGAUCGGAUGGAUAUGGACAUGGAGAACAAGGAGCAUUGGAAAUGGUCUGAUGCUGAAAAGCCUGAAAUAUCAUUUUUGAAAUGCUGGAAUUCUUCAGGGACCUUCCAACCUUAAAAGCUGGAAUUCUGGGAUGUUUCUCAAGCAGACUCUCCAAGUAUGACACACUGUCACCCUCCAAUGGUUCUGCUUGUAAUCCUGAGAAAGACUUUGUAUAUAAGUAAAGACAUUGGGAUUGACUGUAUGGGGACAUGAAGGUGUCAAAUGAAGUAAGAGGCUAUUUUAUUUUUUCAGUAAUGGCUCUGCGUGUGAUUGCCAUGAAAUUCACCUUUUAGUUAGUUCCUUGUUUAUAUUGUGCCAUUGAAAUGAUUGCAAGGUGUUAAUCAUUUUCUGUUUAAAAAAACAAGCAAACAAAAAAAAAAAAACCCUUCACCGUAUCCAUUGCUUUAAACUCAAAUUACCUCUUAAAAGACCAAGGUACAUUUACCUCAUAUGUAUAUAAUGUUUAAUAUUUUUCAGAAUGUUCUCAAGGUUUGCAGUUACAUGUUUCUAGAAAUAUGGGUAUUACUAAAUUUACAACUUCAGUGGUACUAAGUGUAUUAUCUGGUGCCCCAAAACACUAUUUUCUGUAUUUUAUUGUAUUAGCAAGUUUGCUGCUUUGUCACUGUAGCACCUGCCCUUACAUAGCUGUGUGGAUACUGCCUUGUAAAUUUUACUUUCUGGAUGAUUUGAGGAUCCUGUACAGAUGAGUGUCACUUUUUUAAACCUUACCAAAUUGUGCAUUUCCCUUACAUUUCUGAAAAUAUGUAUUGUUAUUUGUAGAGUAUACAUUUCAAUGGAUUGUAAAUAGGAUAGUAGAAGAGUGGAUGCUUAUGUUAAGUGCUAACACUACAGUAGAGAGAUUAAAGCAGUGAAAAUAAAUAACUUUUUUCAAAAUGCA